GACGAACUUGCACUCGUCCAGAAGCACUUUUCGCAGUGCCACUGCAUCACGCGGCCGCCCACUUUUCGCAGUACCUGCACCACAGAUACUCUACCUAAUAAUAACCCCCUCAUGAGGUCACUUCUCACCGCCGUGUGCGUCUCCGGUGCAACUUCCAUCGACCCCCAAUUGGACACAGCAUUUCUAGUGUCUCCACUUUCUCGACAUCCAGUAAUCAUACUUCACCGCCCAGUAUAAGCGAUAAAAUUGCGUCAGAACUCUCGAUAUCUCUGACCCCAGCAGAAGACUCAUUAUUCUCCUUCCUCGAGUACAUCCAGCGGCUGUACGCCCCCGAGACGCAAUUGCGCGUGGCCGGCGGCUGGGUGCGCGACAAAUUACGUGGCGCUGAGAGCGAGGACAUUGACAUUGCGCUGGAUAAUUUGAUGGGCGCCAAGUUCGCCUGGUACAUCACGAAAUUCCAGCGAGACCGAAAGCUUCCACCGAGCUCUGUGGGCGUCGUCAAAGCCAAUUCAGACAAAUCCAAACAUCUCGAGGUGGCAACCGUAACGAUUGACGGGUCUACCGUUGAUCUGGUGCAUCUACGAGCCGAGGAAUACUCUCAAGACAGUCGAGUGCCUGAAGUUAAGUUCGCUACCCCGGCAGACGAUGCCAGUCGACGAGAUCUGACCAUCAACGCAUUGUUUUUCAAUCUGCAUACUCGACAAGUGGAGGAUUUCACUGGGAAAGGUGUGGAGGACUUGAUAAAGGGGGUGAUUCGCACCCCCAGAGAACCAGUUCAGACUUUUCUGGACGAUCCGUUGAGGGUGUUGAGAGCGUUGCGAUUCGCGUGUGAAUUCGGAUUUACAUUGGAUCCAGCGUUAGAGAGAGCGGUGCUGGACCAGAGAGAGAUUGUGGGCGCCAUGAGACGGAAGGUUAGUCGCGAACGUAUCGGUAUUGAGGUGCGUAAGAUGCUCUCAGGCAACGACCCAGCGCGUGCGUUUGGGUUUUUGAGGAAGUUUGAUCUGCUGGAGUUGGUGUUCAAUGACAGUGCGGGUAAAUUGGGUGAAGGAGAAGAAUAUGACGAGGUACACGACAACGGAUUCAAGUACCCACCUCGAGAAUGGACCGAGUCUAUCCAAGAACGAGCUUCUCACUACUUGGAUUAUCUACAGCACGGUCGCAAGUGUGGGAUCUCGAAUGUAGAGUCGACUGCCGCUAUCUUCACGGCUUUAUUUCUAUCAAGAGUGCCUGUGAUCAUGCCAGAUGACCACGUCCGAGACGAGUUUGACGGUGUAAGUGAGCAAGAAAUUGUGGAGAGUUCACUGGAGUUUCUCGACCAACGGGAGACUAUCGUGGCUGCUCUAGACGCGAUUGAGAUCGUGGAGAUGCUUAAAGUGCACGUCAAGUGGCCCAAGCCAGCAGGAAAGCGUGUGGCGCUGAUCAUCGAGGCCAUUGCGACGUAUCCCGAGACUCAGCAGAAAACCACUGACCCUGUAAGUGCCAGUGUCAAGCACCGAGUCAAGCGAUUCAUGUGGAUGACGCAGUAUCACUCCGUUCUCGUUCCAGCGUUAACCACGCUGGUAUCUGCUCGUAGCUUCGACAGUAAUGGGGCAACUCAGAUGACUGUAGAAGAGCAGGAUGCGAUGUUGAAGGCGUAUCUGGACAUGGCUAGUUGGUACGCCAGUGAUAUGCACAAGGACAAGCCGAGUCGACGUCGUCGGCUGGAUGGCAAGACUGUGCAGACUCGACUAGGCCCUGGUGCUAGCACCAAUAUCGCACGAGCACUCCGGGUGCUACAUGUAUGGGAACAGGUUUAUCCACAGAAAAGUGUUGAGGACGAGUUGGCUUUCCUCGACCAACUGGUACCUCAAUUGCGCCACUGACUGCCCUUGACAGAAUAAACAACAGGUAUGAUAAGAGAUUAGUUUGCCAUGCUGCGAUAUGCUUUGGAUGUGCCGAAGGGUGGAUUCACCUCUCACCUGUGGUGGACAACCAGCUGUGGCUUUCUGUUCACCAUACUGGGGUGCCAGAGGCUGAGACGAAACCGUGGCGAGUGGACAGUGUUGGCUUUAGAAAUUCUUCAUCUUUCUUUCACUCCAGUUGCACAACGCAAAGCUUCUUGGUACAUUAAGUAUUUGAUUAAGUGUACUGGGUAGAAAGAGAUUUAGUUUGAUAC